AUGGCCGACAAGAUCAUUAUUGCCGUGGACAAAGAUUUACAUUUGGUAACAGAUGAAUAUGAUGAAAGAGAUUGGAGCUCUGACACUACUUCUGUUCAGUCCUCUUUAUACCAAGGCUUGGUAGAGCAUGGUCGAAAAUACCAGGCUCUUAAACCCGACGAGUAUUGCUUUCCUGCCGACGAAAAGCAGUUUGAAACGUACGAUGCUGCUCAUCUGGUAGCUGUGAUCGCAGAUGCAGACCAAGAGAACCCAUUCUUUCGAUCUCCAGUCAAACCAAGGAAUGUCCUUGACAUUGGGACUAGAAAGGGGACUUGGGCUAUUGAUGUAGCUGAUAUAUUUCCUGAGACCGAUGUUCGAGGUGUUGAUCUUUUUCCACCACCAAUUUCCUGGGUCCCCCCAAACUGUGUAUUGGAAGUGGACGACAUUUUGCAACCUUGGACUUAUAAUGAGAAAUUCGAUUUAAUCCAUCUCCGCAUUCUUGCUUGUGCUUUCAGUCCAAAAGAGACAGACAAGUUGAUGAAGCAAAUCUACGAUAAUCUAGAGCCUGGUGGAUGGGUAGAGCAAAUGGAAAUCCAUCCCACGAUCUAUUGUGAUGACAACAGCGUUCCGGCUGGUAACAUUUUGUUCGACAUAGGACCAAGAUUCGAUGCUGCCGCCGACAAGUCAGGGAAGCCAAUGAAUAUUAUCCACACGAUGCGGGCAUCCAUUGAAAAAGCAGGAUUUGUAGAUGUGCAUGAGAGGAACGUCAAAUGGCCCAUUGGGCCGUGGCCAAAAGAUAAAAUUUUGAAGGAACUUGGAGCGAUUAAUCUUUCGCACUGGCUCACCGGCAUGGAAGGUUACACGAUGUUCCUUAUGACAAAAUUUGGGGACCCUGAACCCUGGACUGAAACUGAAGUACAUGUGUACAAUUCUCAAAUGAGAAAGGAAUUAUUGAAUCCUCGUCACCAUGUCUAUCAGCGAUCAAAGAGAGUUUGGGCCAGAAAGCCACCAGCUGAUACCUGA